AUGCCGUACAAUAUCGCCAUGUGCUGCGACUACUUCUAUCCCCAGCCCGGAGGAGUCGAGAGUCACAUCUAUCAGCUCUCCACCAAGCUCAUCGAUCGAGGGCAUAAGGUCAUCAUCAUCACCCAUGCCUACGAGGGCCGGACAGGUGUGCGAUACCUGACGAACGGCCUCAAAGUCUACCACGUCCCCUUUCUCGUCAUCUACCGAUCGUCGACCUUCCCAACCGUCUUCUCCUUCUUCCCCAUCUUCCGCAACAUCGUGAUUCGUGAGCAGAUUGAUAUUGUCCACGGUCACGCCAGUCUGAGCAGUUUCUGCCACGAGGGCAUCUUGCAUGCCAGGACUAUGGGUCUGAGAACUGUCUUCACCGACCAUUCGCUCUUUGGGUUUGCCGAUGCGGCCAGUAUCUUGACCAACAAACUUCUCAAGUUCAUUCUCAGUGAUGUAGACCAUGUAAUUUGUGUCAGUCAUACUUGCAAGGAGAAUACCGUCCUUCGAGCUUCGCUUGACCCCCUCAUGGUAUCAGUUAUCCCAAAUGCAGUAGUUGCAGAUAAUUUUCGACCCCUUUCUCAUCCAUCAUAUCCCUCGGACUUCAAUAAUCAAAUAAUACCCCCACCCCAUCAUCUUGGGCCUCACGACACAAUCACGAUUGUUGUCAUCUCUCGGCUGUUCUAUAACAAGGGAACUGAUCUUUUGGUUGCAGCCAUCCCUCGUAUACUUGCCAGCCAUCCGAAUGUCCGAUUCAUCAUUGCUGGCUCUGGUCCCAAGGCCAUUGAUCUAGAGCAAAUGAUUGAGAGGAAUGUGCUACAGGAUCGAGUUGAGAUGUUGGGUCCCGUCAGGCACGAAGAGGUGCGAGAUGUGAUGGUUCGGGGACACAUAUAUCUUCAUCCUAGUCUGACUGAAGCUUUCGGGACUGUCAUUGUAGAAGCUGCAAGCUGUGGUCUCUAUGUCGUGUGCACCCAAGUCGGCGGGAUUCCUGAAGUCCUUCCAGCUCAUAUGACGGUGUUUGCAAAGCCGGAAGAGGAUGACUUGGUUGCUGCGACUGGACGUGCCAUCGCCGCAUUGAGAUCAAACAAGGUCCGGACUGAAAAGUUCCACGACCAGGUGAAGAUGAUGUACUCAUGGACGGACGUGGCAGAGCGAACAGAGAGGGUGUAUAACGGCAUCUCAGGGGCUUUGAGCGAGGCAGACUUUUAUGGCUACGAUGCUGCCGACGCAGCAAGCUGGAGUGCGACGAGAGGAAGGGCAGGUGUGCAGAGCUUUGCCUUGAUCGAUCGCCUGAAGCGAUAUUACGGCUGUGGCAUCUGGGCAGGCAAGCUUUUUUGUCUCUGUGUGGUUAUCGACUACUUGCUAUUUCUCCUCCUCGAGUUCCUGGCACCCAGAGAUGCAAUCGAUAUUGCAAGAAAUUGGCCAAAGAAGAAACCGGAAGAGAGGGUAUCAAGGGAUCGCGAGCGGUUAUCAUUUGCUCGCAGGCCUUCAUUGGCUGAUGAUGGCGUCUCAGAGACUAGGCCGCCCUCAAUUGCUUCGGAUUCUCCGACUCUCGUGAGACCUCGCUGUCCUCACUGCUUUUUAGGACUCUUGCCGCGUGAUGAAACGCCAUAUAUCUCCGCCUCGGAUGAGCUCACAAUCGAGCUUGCAGACCGCUUGCUUGUACUAGCAACGGACGACGAGGCAAAACCGGGCGAACAGAAAUACUUGGCUACACUCACUAGACGUAGUUUCUUGGUACGGGGGUAUCAUGGUAGACAGAGUGGGACCGAUGUCCGGAGUCGUCGGUUUCAGCAGCAUGUAUGUGAAGGAUGUCGGGUCAGGUUGGAGGAGCAGCAGCAGCGCGUCGCUUAUGAUCUCGAAGCAAAAAUGAAAUUUCGCCAUGAACCAAGAGGUACUCACUCACCUGGGAGGAAGAGUACCUGUCCAUAUAUAUGCAAGCGGUGA